UGCUUAUUGUUGUUUUGUUUAAUUUGUUCACAGGUGCAAGAAUGUUCAGGGGGUAACCACGAGUGUCACAUUGUUGACAGUACUGGGAGGGUGUUUGAUGCACUCAAUCCGAACACAAAUGGACACUUAACAAAGUUGUUUCCAUGGAUAACACAUGAACUUGUAACAAGGAAAGAAAUGAAGCAAGAAUGGUGUACAGGAUUUUCUGAUGGCUAUCAUAAAAUGAUCAUGACCUUGACAGACAAUAUAACCUUGAACUCAAAUGACCCAUGCCAGCAAUUCAGCCUUUCCCAGGUCAAGGACACUAACUUAUUUGUACUGGUCUUAAGAAAUCGUGAGAAAUUUAAAUGUCAGGACUCUAGUUACAAGCAAUGUUCAAACUGUCAACCUGCCAUCUUGAACCCUGUGUAUCAGCUUUCGAUUCCAAGAUGUACAGUUUGUGAGGUGAACCAAACUUUAACCAGUUGCCAGUGCCAGUGCUAUUGUGAUACAGAUUUGGACACUUGCCAUGGACAGUUUAAUACACAUUUAAACAAUUUCCCAACUAGGUCCUGCUUCUAUCCACCAAAUUAUCGAACAGAAUUUGCUCCAAGUUCUCCUUCACCAAUGACAAAUAUUGACAGGUGCCCAAUACCUUGUGUAGCCAUAGAGGAUUUAGAUGUAUGCGAUGGACUUGAACAUUGUAAAGCCAGUUCUGAUAAUUACCCAACAUGCAUCUGGAAAGAUGAUGAUGAACUGAAAUCGGUGAAUAUAUCCAGGUAUUUCCCUACAAAAUCUCCACCAAGACCUCCAGUACCAUCUACCACUGGUGGCCCAAAACCAUUACUGACUACUACUGAUGGACCUUUCUCACCACCACAUCAGUUGCCUAGCAACAAACCACCUGUAGCUUCUACAUCUGCUUCAGCAUUUUCUCCGCCACAGAAGCCGCCAACACAGCCGUCCUCAGAUAAAAGUACAACAACAAAUUUAACACCCCCUGUGUUUCAUUCAACAAAACAAACAUCAGUGGUAGCACCAGUGACGAGCGGAUCUGUAAUCCAUCCUGUCAGUGGAUCAAAAAUGUCAACACGAGUGACUGAUGUACAAACUAAAGCUUCAGGUCCAUUUCAGACAGGAUCAACUACGAUAGCAGUGAAGUCAUUUGGUAAAAGUUCUAGUGAUUCAGAUAAAGGUUUAAGUGGUGGCGCUAUCGCUGCAUUGGUAAUUGGUCUUCUUGCUCUGGUAGCUAUAAUUGUGUUUAUAGCUGUGAAGAUGUACAAUAAAAAGUUCAGGAGACCAGGAGCUGAUGAAUCUGCAAAGUAUCGGGCCGGAAGUUCAAUGUUUGACAGCACUGUGUUUUUGAGAAAUCUCGAUCAGGUGUCAAUAAAUGCUUCAGCUCCAAAUGCAACCAAUGUACCUUAUCAAGAAAUGACAAACUAAGAUGGAAUUGAUGUGUCAAACUAGUUCACACUUGAUUUCCAAAUUUGAGAAGACACACUAAGUUUUUUUUUUUUUUUUGCAUUUAUUG